GAUACAACACCUCUUCCGUGUCUACAUUCCUCAUUUGUUGACAUCUCCACCACGGCAGUUGCUUUCCCUCUCUUUCCAAUAAUUCAUACACACUCGCUUCUCACUUCUUAUUGCUAUUCACUCCUAAAGUCCAAUUAUCUUCCCAUCUGUUGUCCCGUUACGUCCUCCUCUUUCAAUUGUAUUCCACACCUGCCUAGGUAUGACGCUGCCUACGGGUAUCUACCGAGCGGACCACGUAGGCUCUUUCCUGCGUCCACAGCCAGUCCUUGCUGCCCGUGAGAAGGUUACUGAUGGAACACUUGGGUCCAACGAGCUUCGCGCCAUCGAGGACGAGCAUGUCACGACCCUCGUAACCAAGGAAACCGAUGCUGGACUACGGUCAAUCACAGACGGUGAAUUUCGCCGAGCAUAUUUUCAUCUCGACUUCCUCAAGCACCUUGACGGUGUUCAAGUUGAGGGCUAUAUCGCGUCCAGCAACACCAUACGUGACGGCUGGACACCGCCGCGUCUCGUCGUCAACGGCAAGCUUGGCCACUCCAAGCCCAUCCAAAUUGAUGACUUCAAAUUCCUUGAGUUGGCCAUCAAGAAGGCGGGCGCGACUAACGUGACCACCAAAGUCUGCAUCCCCUCGCCGACAAUGGUCCAUUUCCGCGGCGGCCGUGACAGCAUCUCACGGGAUGCUUAUCCGGAUCUCGAGCCUUUCUUCGAAGAUCUUGCUCGUGUGUACCAAGAAGAAAUUGAUGACCUCUACAAAGCCGGCUGUCGCGUCGUACAACUCGAUGACACGAAUCUGGCCUAUCUAUGCGACCCGUCCAUGCGUGAGGCCGCUGAGAAGCGUAACGAGGACCUCACCACGCUGCCGAAAAAAUACGCACAACUUAUCAACAGAGCCAUCUCCAAGCGUCCAGCAGACAUGACUAUUGGGAUCCACCUAUGCAGAGGUAACUACCGGUCACAGUGGUUUGCGUCAGGCGGCUACGAGCCUGUAGCCGAAGUACUAUUCAAAGACCUGAAUGUCGAUGCCUACUUCCUCGAAUACGACGAUGCGCGCUCGGGCGAUUUUGCUCCGCUGCGUCAUCUACCAGAGCACAAGGUUGUGGUGCUUGGCCUGAUGAGCAGUAAGAAGAACACUCUUGAGGAUGCCGAUGCGAUCAAGAGGCGGCUGCACGAGGCAGCUACGUACUGCCCGAGAGGGCUGGCGCAGCUGUGUAUUAGCCAUCAAUGUGGGUUCUCUAGUACGAGUGAAGGCAACGAUUUGACCGAAGAAGAGCAGUGGGCAAAGGUGAGGCAGGAGCUGGACAUUGCGAAAAGUGUCUGGGGCGAGGAUCUGUCCCUGUGAAUCUGAGGCUACUGAUUGAUUAAUCGAGCCUAGAAAUCGUUGCUCAUGGAUGAAGCCGCUAGAGGGGCUCCAAUUGAAUCUUUUCCAGCUGUUGUGCAUUUGCCAGAACGUUAGCCAUUAGCAUAUCGGCCCGUCAAAGCUUACCUAGGCCACUCGUCUCCAGGAUACCCUGACAGGACUUCAGCG